UUUCUGGUUUAUAAGGCUUGCACGUAUCUUUAGGUUGACAAAUACACCAAUGUAAUACAUGUUAUAUACCACAAAAAAAUCAUUAGAAACUUCAAAUCGUUUACUUUCUAACGGUAUAAUUUUUAGACUGUGUGCAUCUUUAAGGUUGGGUGUUCUCUGCUACAUUAAACUCAAACUCUGUAAAAAAAGAAGGGAGGAGCUUUUCAAACCGGACGAGCCUGGCUGGACUAAUUACAUGACGUCAACUGACUUUGGGUGAAUCACUUGUGGGCCUGAUGAAUGAAAAUCUACCAACACCACAUUACUUCCCUGUCAUGCCUUGGGCAGCAUUCCAGUCACAGAGAAUCUUUCCUUGCAAACAAGGCAGCAAAUACAUGUAUAGAACUCCAAAGCAGCAAGAAGCCUUUGUUCGUUGAACACUUAAUUAUAUGUAUACAACUUUAUAAGACUGCCGUGAACAAAGCUAAAAUCUGCAAGACAAGGCAAAAAGACUCCUUCAGGGGGUUAACAAGCACACAGAUAUCCAGAAGAGGUAGAGGAAUAAUAAUGGCAGUAGAAAAGCAGCUAACCACACUGCAAAGCAAAAGGUCCAGCAGAUUCUCAAAGACUUGUUAACGAGGCAAAAGCGAUCCCACUUGCUUGCCUCCAAGAUAACAGCUUUCGUGCCUCGCUCCUUCUCUCUCUUUCUAUCUUUCUUUCUCUCUCUCCCCCCAUAUGUAUAUAUAUGUGUUGCACGCUUAGCUUAGAAAUAAGCUUGCAAGUUCGACGACAUAAGUUUGUGCGUCGAAAAGGCCCCUGGUUGUCUUCCCCACGGUUCGGUUGUGCGCCAUGGACGGUAGAUUGAGACAAUCGAGGGUCCGGUUUUCUGGUGUAGGGCAGGAAGAUCAGGGCAGCGGCCAGGCCAUGGCAAUGCCACCACAGCAACAGCGAGGCAAACCUUUUGGAAGAGGUGCAGGUGAAGAAUACGAUGCCGCGUACGCAGCAACGGUGGCAGCAGUGGCAUAUGCCAUUGCUGCAAUGGAGGAAGAGAAGUUGCCAUCCCAACAGAAGCCUAUUCCGGAAAAGGCAGCAUCUCGGCAGAAGCGUGUAACAGUUCAUGAGCCCACAGCCGGCCCGCCUCCAAGAUCACCACCCAGGAGAGGCGAAAGCAUUAAAAGGCCGACUGAAGGAAGCAAAAUCUCAAGAUUGUUUAGUGGUAACAAAGAAAUCGUUGAAAUUGGUGACGAAGACGAACAAGGAGCGAAUGUUUCGGUAAGGAGGCCGGCGAAACUGGCGCCAAAGAAGUCAGGAGGUCUAACUCCUGCUCAGAACGUGGUAGGGAAGGUGGUCGACUCCGUCCCAAACCUGAAGGACAAUCCAAGCUUCACGAGGAAAAUACCGGACAAGAAGAGGAGCAGAAACUUUGAGCAAGAGGAGGCAAAUCGGAAGGCGAAGCCCGGGGUUAACCCGACAACCUCGUUUCCACGAGAGAGGAAAGAGAGCUGGAAACACGAGCAGGAGCCGGCGAAUCAGAGGGCGCCACCAGCAGCCAGGCCUACAGGAAUGGUUUAUUCCAGUGAGGCGGAGAUGAUGGCUGCGGCGUGGGAGAAGGAGAAGCUGGCGAAGAUCAAGGAGCAGUAUAACGAGACGAUGGAAACCAUAGCCGAAUGGGAGACUGAGAAGAAGGCCAAGGCCAGGCGCCAGAAGGAACCCAAAGAGGGUGAUUCCGAGAAGAAGCGGGCAAAGGCGCUGGAGGAGUACAAUGAUGAGAUGAAGCGGAUCAGCAAAGUGGCCGCCGCAUCAAGGCUGUCAGCGGAGGAGAAGAAAAGGAGCGCCGAGGGCAAAGUCUGGGAGAAGGCGGCUAAAAUCCGAGUGACAGGGAAGCUUCCUCGGUCCUGUGGCUGCUUCUGAAACCAUGGACACACACAAUGUGAGCCAAGAAUCUAGUUGUGCUGCUGCUUUACUGUGUAUACUUGUUUAUGUAUCGCCUAAAUGAAGUACAUUGCGCCAACCA